AUGGACUCAAUCGACAGACUCAAAACUGGCUUCGCCGCGCUCCCAGAAGAACUUCGCCUAGAAAUCUACAAAUGGAACGCAAAUCGUAUGGCCCUCAAUACUGUUCCUGGGAUCAAACAUGUACGUUGGGUGGCCACUGCAUACAGUUCUGGCAUCACUGGAGUCAGCCGGGAGAUCCAGCAAGCUGCCAGCGACACAUUGUAUGCGCUCGACCGAGAGAAGGAAGCACGCCUUUUCGUGCACUGGAAGGGCAUCAAGCAGUUGCCUCGCCUCUUGCAACUACUCGCACAUACGUAUACAUGGGGUAAGCGCUGGCUUGAAGCCAAUCCACCAAACGCGACAGAUGGUCAGCAAGAUUGGGUGCGAGUCAAAAAGUCAACUUCGCAUGAUCUCAACACACUACUUUACGAGUAUCUUAAUCCCAGCCAUUACAAGAGAAUUUUCAGCGAACUCGGAGAUCCAUCACGAUUACCUACGCUUUCCACACUGGUACGAGACUGGUUUAGUGAUAUUGCUACGAAAUGCAAUACCGCCGCCCCGAUCCCCCUGAGUACAGCGGAACGACGUCUCCUGAUCGAAUUCCUGGAGAUGACAAUGGACAAACUACGGAACCCAAACCCUGACGACCAGACCAGGGCAUUGUAUCUUGAUGACGUAGUGGAAUACAUGUAUCAACUUUUUGAGACUUUCCGGACGCAUUUCCGAAUCAAAUUUCGGCUCGUUGCUGUCCUAAACACUCCGGCAGACGAGUUGAUUUGGACGCUGGUGGGUGAAGAUUACGCCAAAUUCAUAGAGCCAUGCUACAAUAUUGUGCAAAGAGAGGGUACUGGGGACUUUGAGGUCACGUUUAGCAGCAUCAUGCGUGUAGAUCACGAGGCACUAGACAUGGCUUGA